CCAGGGACCGCCCUCCUCUCCGCCGCUUCUCCUCCCCGAGCAACAUGGCUGCAGCCGCCGCCUGCCCGCCCGUGAAGAUUGGAAUUAUUGGAGGGACCGGUCUGGACGACCCAGACAUAUUAGAAGGACGGACAGAAAAAUACGUUGAUACGCCUUAUGGAAAGCCAUCAGAUGCUCUGAUUUUGGGGAAGAUAAAAAAUGUUGACUGUGUGCUUCUAGCCAGGCAUGGGAGACAUCACACCAUCAUCCCGACACAUGUCAAUUACCGUGCCAAUCUGUGGGCCCUGAAGGAAGAGGGCUGCUCUCAUCUGCUGGUGACUACAGCCUGUGGUUCGUUGAGAGAAGAGAUUCAGCCUGGAGACAUUGUCAUAAUAGACCAGUUUAUAGACAGGACCACCAAAAGGCAUCUCACCUUUUAUGAUGGGAGCUGUCCCAGCCUCCAGGGAGUCUGCCACGUCCCUAUGGCUGAACCUUUCUGCGCCAAAACUAGAGAGGUCCUUAUGGACGUUGCCAAGAAGCUUGGCAUCAAGUGCCACUCCAAGGGAACCAUGAUCACCAUCGAAGGGCCGCGUUUCAGUUCCCGAGCCGAGAGCCUCAUGUUCCGCAGCUGGGGAGGCGACGUCAUCAACAUGACUACGGUCCCUGAAGUGGUUCUUGCCAAGGAAGCUGGUCUCUGCUAUGCAAGCAUUGCUAUGGCCACAGACUACGACUGCUGGAAGGAACACGAAGAAACCGUUUCGGUGGAUAAAGUGAUGAAGACAUUGAAAGAAAAUGCCAAUAAAGCAACCAGCUUGCUGUUGACUACUAUACCCCAGAUCGGUUCCAUGGACUGGGCAGAAACCCAGCAGAACUUGAAAAAUACUCUGCAGCUGUCAGUUAUGCUACCAAAACAUUAAAAGCAUGGCAAGAUGCUCUGAAGCUGGUUCGAGAAGGUGCAUCUUUUGGGAACACGACAAUGCCCUAAAAUUAUAUGGUUAAAAUACGCAACAUUUUCAUUCUAUCUGCUAAUACUUUUCGUUUCGGCACAAAACGUGUAGAGGUUAAGGAGUAGAACAGGCCCACCACCAGACUGGGAAUUUAAUUAAUUGCAGGAACUGACAACCACCCAAUAGGAAUUAUUAGCAAACAUUUAAUAAUCUUGUUUAUAGACACGGAACAAGAGAAUAAGACAACUUGUCAGAACUCAUCGCCCAUCUCAAAGAUGUCAAGGCAAAGGCGAGAUGACGGCAUAUACUCUUAACUACUCCAAAUUGGGGGGGGGGGGCAAAACCCAGAAACCAAAACCCAAAAUCUUGUAAAUCAGUUGAAUUGAUAUGUCUCUGUUCAGUGGCAUUUUUUUAAAUGCAAAGAAACGGUUUUUUUGAACUUUUCUGUGUUUUUUAAAAUAUUUUUUAAAGACCUUUUCAAACUUUUUAAAUAUAAAUUUAUUUACGUUUUUACAAAAGUGGUUGCCUUCUAGAUGGGAGCGUUUGAAUGGUAUCUGAAGAACGUGCUGCUAACUCCACACCCAUCCACCCUGUGCUGACAGAAGGUCACGGAAUAACUCCGUUAGACAUGCUGCCGCUGCUCUCUGCACAUGCUCCAUGUCCCAAGUCUGCUCACUUCAACCGGAAGUUCUUCCGACCCUUCUCAGCUGUUCUCUUCUACCCAGGUCAGCAAAAAAGGGACCUUGUUGGGGGGCCCCUGUUAGAUGCCUCCCUGCGAGGGACCAGAGCUUCUCCUUGAAGUGAGCAUGUUGUGCCAUGGCUGAGCAUGCGGAAGGAGUGGCAAGGGUGGCGUUGCGAGAGAAGGGACGGGUAUGCUGGCUUCUAAGGGGACCAUUGGGAUUGCACAGGCAUCAUGCUUGGGAAAACGUUGCCCUGCGCGAAGAGAAUUCUGUACCAAUCCAUUUCAUCUGCCUUAGUGUGUUGUGACGAUCUGCUAUUCCUCCGAAGAAUGUGUUUGGCUCCAUUCUGGUUCGUUAGAGUGGCGCCGAUGAAUGUACGCGAUACGCACAGAUAUAUCCCUGCGGUUUAUUUCUACACUGUGUUUAACGCCCACACUUGCCUUUAAGAAAAGAAUGUGCUUCUUCUAUCUAAUAAAACCAAACGUAACCU